AAAAAAAGACCAAGGCUCUUCACCGAACAUCGUUUUCGUUUUUAUCUUUUUUUUUUUUUGGUUUAUUCAAUUCAAGUUAUAUCGAUCGGUUUAGCUAACAAUCACGUAGAGCAGCAUUUAAAAGAAAAGAAAAAAAGAGCAGCGAAGCAGACGCAAGCAGACUUUCUCGUGCUGCGCUUAUACAUAUAAACUCUCAAUUGAUUAUUGACUGCGGAUACUGCUGCUCAUUGGCUGGCUAUGCUCUCGGCUGCCCGUCGCAAAUACAAUUUAUUUUAGUCAUUUGUCUCAAGACUCAAUGAUCAUCAAUUUAAAAUUUUUCUUGUAUCGAUCAGUUUGCCUUUGUCUGCGCUUGUGCUACCAUCAUUAACUAACGUCGUAACAAACCAAGUUUAUAAAACUAAUAGAAAUUCUUACUAAUUGAAUGAAAUUCAAUGAAAUAGAAAUCGAACAAAAACUUGAAAACUUGUCGUAAAAGAAAAAAACAUUAAUAUAUAUUAAAAGAAAAAAAGGGUUUUUUUUUUGAAAUUUUGAAAUUCUUAAGUGUAGAAGAAAAGCGAAUUAGCUGCGGUAUCAGAGAAGACCUUGUCAUUGGAUUAUAUUCACUUUGACAGUUAUACAUUAUUCGCUUGUGGAUUAUUGGCAUUUUAUUGGCGAAGCGAUCUACCUUACAACAAUGAAUUUCAUUUCAGUCUGCAUAAAAGUUGCCAUGAUUGUCUUGGCUUUAGCUCUGGUGGUGUACAGCUCACCAUUAACGGAUAAUAAACGAAAUUGUCAGAUGAAUUGCGAAUUACAAGAUUAUAAACCCAUCUGCGGUACGGAUGAUGCUGGCAUAACGAGAACUUUCAACAACUUAUGCAUAUUGAAAACGGAAAAUUGUCUGCGAACUUACACAUUCCAAAAGACCGGCGAUGGUGUUUGUCCUUAGAUGCUAGAUAUAUAUAUAUAAAUAUAU